CUUCUUGACUGCCGCGGUGGGCAUCGGAUUCCCGGGCGGAAACACAGAUUUGGGAAAGUCGAUUCUCUUUGGGGAGGAAGUGCAUUGGCUCGAGCACCAGCGGGUAGAGCUUUACGCGGACUACGUGCCCGCAGUGAAAAUCAUGAACUGGAUUCAUCCCUGGCAUUGCGUGCAAGUUUGGGAGACGUAUUAUGCCCUUGUUUCCAACCCGAAGACGAAGACUACCCGCGCAGCGCCGGCCGCACUGCCGCUGCGCAGCCGCGAACUGGCCCACCCCUCGUGCUUACCCCAGUGCGGCGGGGAAAACGGCAACAUUGGUUGCGAGUUUGACGACGACGGAUGGCACACCGAGGACGAGUUUCCGCUGCAGCAAUUCACGGUCGAUGCGCAGCGAGAGUUCUAUCCGAAGGAAACCACAACGGUGAGCGUGACACUGGAUUUCGAGAGGCUGGACGACGGCAGACUGCUGCUGAAGCAACCCCCGCCGCAGAAGUCGGAACAGGAAAGCAAAAUUGCCGAUGAGUUGGUUAACUUUCUCGCGGCUGCCGAGCUGCCAAUGGUGCCGAAUUUACAUGCACUUUUCACUGGAUCAUCUUCCCCUGCAGCACUAGCAAAUAACACUACGAACAAUACUACCUCGGGGGCACCAGAAAAUCAGACCGAUUCCUCGUUGGCACAAGUUAUAUCUUCUUCGCGCCGAGCCGUUGACUUUUCAGUUCUGCCACGGAAAGUGAAGUUUCCGACCUACGCGCACCACGAGGACAGCAUGAUUGACGCAUACUUUCGGCCGGAGCUGGCGAUGCAUUUGCUUUCCGGUGCCGGGCCUGCUACUACCGCGGGGCCAAACAGCGAGGAUGAGCAAAUUGGCAUGGAAACCGCUAGUGGUUCAUCUUCUGGAUCCCAGCAAAAUACCGCGCGGCACUCUUCCUUCUGUGGACUUUUCUGCAGCAAAAAAUCCCUCGACGAGGUUGCCUGCACGACUAGAUCGGCAAUUGCAUCCCCCACCGCAAUGUCGUCGGAUCUAUUGCAUGCAGCAGACCACAGCAGCGCGCUCGUCUCUAACGCCGUGAAUACGGCGCUCGAGUUGUGCAAGUCGCACGUAAACAGGCUGGAGGAACAGAAGAGUCUUGCUGCGAAAGACGAGCUACCAUCUUCCUCCAGCGGAACGAUGAGCCAAGUCGAGAACGGUAAAGCGAAAAUGAAGAAGUCCUGCGUGUACUCGCGGUACGCGAAAUACAACCUUUCCCCCGACCAGGCGCGGCUGAGUCCGACAGAAGUGAAGCCGUUCGAACCGUCGGCGUGGGAGCAGGACGAGGCCG